AGUGAUUGGAGCGACAGCAGCGCAUCAGCAGCAUUAGCAGCAGCAACGGUAACGACGCAAAGUCCACGCAAGGUCCGGUAAAGAAGUGAGCCCACAGUUCGCAGCUCGCUCCAGCUGAUUGGGGAGCCUUCCACGGGAGUCGCCAUCGAGAGAAAGAGAGAGCCCAAGAGAAAGCCCACGGCGAAGAGCCCAGCGAGAGGUGAAUUGUGCCUCCUUGCUGACUGUGCCGAUCAGUCACUGGCCGAGACCGCUUGGAGUCGUACGAUACACGGUUGCCCCGGGGUGUUCACCUGCUUGACCUGCGCCCCCUGAGAAGCCCUCAGUGUUGCCCGUUGAGGUUGAGUGACUAAGUGAUCCGCGGUAAUUUUUUCUGGAACGCUGGUUCCGCACAAACGUGCCUCAAAUUUAGGCAAACGGCACGAGAGCGUGAGGUGUGACCACCGGUGAUAAGUGAAGCGCCUGUGUGUCCAGCAGCGACCGACACAAACAUUCAAGAGACCCAGAGGACCCAGACCCAGCAGUAGUGCCGUCAUCGUGUUAUCGGAACGCAGUUCGAACGACUUUUUAUCGGAAGCGCGCCGUUGCGAAACCGCGCCGUCGCACACACUAGGCUUCCGGGAAAUCGAUUCCGUGACUUGCGUGACACGGUUGGUUAGGCGCGCCCGAGGCUCGAUUCGUCACGUCCGUUCGGGAUCAAAAAGUGGCCGCCGACUUGGCAACCGGAAACGAGUCGCCCCGUAGUAGUGCUAGUGUUAGUGGUGAAGACCGCAGCAGUCCCGGUGACGGCGAUCGUGAAGUCGGCAUUGCGGACCAGCAAUCGGACGGCGUACAGGAUCCACAGCAGCAAGCCUGCCCUGAACUCGAGCGCAUCAACAAGAUGACGGACGUAGCCCACGAACUCGGCGCCCUUCGGUUGAUAGUGGACUCGCCACUAUCGUCGAAGGUGGCCCUCUUCAAUCAGACCGCCCAAAGCCACCGGGAAUCGCAGCUCUCGAAUCCGUUCUCCGACGCACAGGCCACGCGCGGCAUGGCACGGCUACAGAUCAGCAAAGAGGAGUACGGCAAGCCGAAAGCCGGCAGCCUCACCGAGUACCGAGGGAAGAAGGCCAACAUUCAGGUGUACCAGGAGAUGCUCGAGCUGUGCCAGGUGAUCGACGGAGACGGAGUGCAGGUCUCGAAGAAGAAUCCCGACAUCAAAAUGAUCUACUUCGGCGAACUGUUCAAUAUCUAUACGCACAUCAACGACAAGCUGGUGGGGUUGCUGUUGCGCGCCCGCAAACACGACCUGAUCCAGUUCGAGGGCGAGUGCCUGUUCCAGCGCCGCGACGACAAUGUGCCCGUCUACCUGACCAAGCCGCUCAAGCAGAUCCGGGAGAUCCUCGUCGGCAAGCAGACGGAAAUCCGGCGCAGCUUAAGUCCCAACCCACAGCCCACCAACAUGCUGCCUUAGGGAUGGUCCAUUCGGAAGCGCGAAGCGGAACUCGGAUGUGUGCCCGUGUGUUGCCCGCGGUUUCACCUGUGAUCGGGAGAGUGGGUGGCGGCUAGCCAGGUUCCAGGAUUUCCAGGAUUGAGUGGGGUUGACCGCGAGGAUCACGCACACACGGCCGCAUAAUCAGAUAUCUGUAUAUUUUGGGUAGCGCAUGCGGAGAAGGCGCGCGUAGGUUUUAGGAAAAGGAAAAAGAUACACCUGUAGUCUGUAGCCAAUAUGUUACCCUCCUUCGUGAGUGUGUGUGUAUGUGUUAGUAGCGUCGUGGCAUCGUUCCAGGAUGCCGGGCGAGGCCUGCCGACCCGAAACUGAAUCGAUCCGGAAGCUCCUAUUCGUAACUCAUUUCUGUUUGUGCAUGUUAGACUUUACGUUCUGUUAAAUCGAACAUUUCCAGUUCGGCUGAUUCCAGGGAUGUGUAUACCAAACAAAAAAGCAAGCGGACGAAUCGAACAGCAGCAAUGCGUGGAACCAACUAGAAGGUAACCGGCAAGUUUAGAGGCGGAGUGUACCGUUGCAGGGUAUCCAAAUUCAGGUUGGCGCCAACCGAAUCGUGGACAUCUCGACGCGUUCAAGCUCCUUGUUAGUAGCACUGUAUCAAUGGUCAGUUUCUGUCAUCAAUAUCAUCUCGCCGUUAGUAGUUUGCACGUUUAUGUAGCCCUCUGUUACGAUUAAGCACGCUUGGCAUGCCUGUUGACUGUACGUUUUUAUUGGCCUUCGUUAUACCGUUGAUAGAUUGGUGGUUCGAUUACACCGCGUAUUCGAGCGAUUAGAGUGCGGACAGUAUUAGGGUAGUCGUUAACGGGGGUAGCUACGGCCCAGCGCAAAGCAGGAACAAUUCGGCAGAUACACUGUAUCAAAUCGGUAUGGAGAAGCGGUAUAGCGGACUUUUCACACACGCUCUGCCAUGCAAUUAUUUGGACGAGUGCGCAGUGAAGCAAAAUAGAUGCAAAAGCAAUAAAACGGCUACUCUCAUUAACCGUUACACUCCUCUGGGCGCGUGAAGCGGAGGAACGUACCCCCGUUAAAGUGAUAAGCGAAAGAUAGCAAGUAGGGAAAACAUCUCGAAAAGCACACAAUACCAAUACCCGCAGAGCCCCUGGCCAGAAGCACACCUCAAACCGGUACGCAUUAUGUUGGCGGCGUUCCCACGGUAGAGAUUAAGCGGAUGCAUAAAACCAAACAAUGAGUAGCAACAUUAUUGAUACAUUUUAAACUCGGGCUCGGGCUCGGGCUCGGAGACUGUGUACGGUUCACUUCCGGAAGAAAAGGCGUAAAACUCAUCAUAGCACGUUAGCGACGAGACGUUUUGAUCGGAUAAAUGGAAAUAGUGAUAACAAUAAACGGAAUAAAAAUCGCAACUCUAUUACGA